CACAGAGCAGGAGUAGGAAGUAUGAAGAGCACAGGAAAAAACAAAUCCACAGCUCAAAGCGACACAACUCUUGCAAGCAUAAACCACAGAGGUCUUUUAAACUGGUGCAGGUGCAGCUCGAGUAGCUGCAUGCUCUUCUUCUGGGUUUCUGAAGAGCCUCUGCUGUGAAAGAUGAGCGAGUCACUGGAGAGGACUACAGACUGCCCCUUGCCACUUCUUAAAGAUGACUCCGGCCCAGAUGAGGAGAGAAACAGCCUGACGGGCUCAAGUGAGUUACGCUGGGAAGAUGGGGGUCUACCUGUGGAGCUGCAGAGAGGGAUGGAGAACUUACGAAUGAACAGAGAGCUGACAGAUGUGGUGCUGAGCGUUCAGGGACAUGACUUCCCUUGCCAUAGAGCCAUACUCGCUGCGGCCAGUCAGUACUUCAGGGCCAUGUUUUGCAGUGGUUUGAAGGAGAGUCAUGAGGAGCGUGUGGAAAUGAAGGGAGUGGACAGUGGGACGAUGCAGUCUCUCCUGGAGUAUACCUACACCAGCCGAGCCCACCUCACACACUCUAACGUCCAGAGGAUACUCGAGGCUGCCAGUCAAUUUCAGUUCCUGCGUGUGGUGGAUGCAUGUGCCAGCUUCCUGAGCAAGUCUCUGCACCUCGAGAGCUGUGUCGGGAUCCUGAAUCUUGCUGAAAGCCAUGCCUUGCCUGCCUUAAGGACCGGGGCUCAGGACUACAUCGCCGCUCAGUUCUCCCAGAUAGUCCAGCAGCAGGACUUCCUGGAGCUGCCGACAGAGUCUCUGGAGGCCGUACUGCAGAGGGACGACCUUGAUGUGAAGUGCGAGGAGAGUGUUUUUGAAGCACUCAUGUGCUGGGUGAGGGCCCAGCAGGAUGAACGAGCGCCUUCACUGGCCAGGUUGCUCUCACACGUGCGGUUGCCGUUGUUGGAGCCUGCAUACUUUGUGGAAAAAGUGGAGUCAGAUGAACUGAUUCGCCAUUGCAGUGAGGCCUUUCCUUUGCUGCAAGAGGCCCGCAUCUAUCACCUGUCCGGCAGAGAGGUGGUCUCUGAACGAACCAAACCCCGUGUGCGGCACUUCCUGUCAGAAGUGUUCCUGAUCAUCGGAGGCUGCACAAAAGACGAACGCUUCAUUUCCACCGUCACGUGUUUGGACCCCCUGAGACGCAGCAGGCUGGAGGUUGCCAGGCUGCCAAUCACAGAGAUGGAGGAUGAAUCCCAAAACAGGAAAUGGGUGGAGUUUGCGUGCAUCACCUUCCGCAAUGAGGUGUACAUAUCUGGAGGUAAAGAGACACAACAUGAUGUUUGGAAGUACAACGGUGCCCUGGACAAGUGGAUCCAGAUUGAGCCACUGGCAACUGGGCGCUGGAGACACAAGAUGGCAGUCCACGGGGGGAAGGUGUACGCACUGGGUGGAUUUGAUGGAGCUCAGAGACUGGAUAGCGUAGAGGCCUAUGAUCCCUUUCACAAUCGGUGGUCACAGGUGACCCAACUUGCAGUAGGCGUGAGCUCCUUUGCUGCUGCAAGCUUUGACAGAUGGAUCUAUGUGAUCGGUGGCGGGCCCAAUGGAAAGUUGGCAACUGAUAAGGUUCAGUGCUGGGAACCCGGGACAGACUGCUGGGAGCUGCGAGCGCCCAUUCCCAUCGAAACCAAAUGCACUAAUGCAGUCACAUUCAAGAACUGCAUCUAUAUAGUCGGUGGUGCCAUGCAUGCCAUGUACUGCUACUCGCCUCUGUCAGACUCCUGGUCCCUUGUGACCCGUCUGGGGGAGAGGGCGAGCUGCGCCAUCGCUGCCUGUAACAACAAACUCUUCAUCACAGGGGGACGGGAUAACAAGAACCAAGUCAUCUCCACAGUGAUGUGCUGGGACGUCAGCCGAGGGGUGUUGACAGAGGAGUGUGUUCUACCGAUGGGGGUGUCGCACCACGGCAGUGUGACACUCAUGAAGUCCUACACACACAUACACAGGGUGACACCUGCCUCAGAGUGCCAAUGACACAGGCUUCUGCCAACAGGACAUUUUUGCCGUUGAGAGAAGCUUUGAAGAGGAAAGUGAAGAUACUUCUUUUUUUUUCUUGCAUGCACUAUGUUCGUUUGAUGUCAAUUUAUGUCACUUUAAAAGCUAGGAGUCAAUCCCUGUGUUUAACCUAUAACAGUAUAAUGCUAUACUACAGCAGCAGUUGAUCAAACUAUAUUUUCUGAUGAAUAAUUACAUGUACAACAGUAAUAACACAUAACUUGGUAUGACACACUUUCUAAUACCGAGAAAUACACUGUUUAUGGCUUUAUAGUUAACACAAAUAUUUCAGAAACGUAAAGCAAUGACAUAUUGCUUUACGUGGAGCCAUAUUUGGAUAAAAUAAAUAGAUGCAUAUCAUUAACUAAAAAUAUGCAAAUUAACACAGUGUGAGACUUUCAUACAGGAACUAUACAAAAGCCCUAUAGCACCUGGUGUUUUUUAAUUCACGCACACACACAGACACACACAGACACACACACACACACACACACACACACACACACACACACAUACACACAAACACUGCCAUCUGGUGGUCAAUAUAACUUCUUGUUUUGCCUCCAGUUUCGUUGUAUUCAAACUAAUUAAGUCUUAAAUAAAUGCAGAAA